GAGAUUAUCUACGAUGCUGCAAGUUCUGUUACCCGCUCUGUGCUUUUGUCAUCCUUGCUGCUUGUGUGGUCGCCUGUGUUGGCUUAGUCUGGAUGCAGGUAGCUCUCAAGGAAGAUCUGGAUGCGUUAAAGGAAAAGUUUAGAACUAUGGAAUCUAAUCAGAAGACAUCAUUCCAGGAAAUUCCUAAACUGAAUGAAGAUUUGCUGCAGAAGCAAAAACAACUAGAACAAAUUGAGACUGGAGAGCUAGGGCUAAAUAAAAUUUGGAUAAAUAUUACAGAAAUCAAUAAACAGGUAUCACUAUUGACCUCAACAGUCAAUCAUCUCAAAACCAGUAUCAAGUCUGCUUCUGAUUUGAUUAUUCUUCCUGUCACUGUAGAGAAACUCCAGAAGACGGUAGCAAACAUAGGUAGCACACUAACCAGUGUUUCUCAUGAUGUUGAAAAUCUGCAGACAGCAAUUGAAGAAUACAAGAAAUCCAUAGAAGCACUCCAAAAUGAUGUGGAAUUAAAGCAGAUGCCUUCGCUUCCUUCCAUCGUUACACCAAGCACUCAGAUAAAUCAGACAGAAAACUGCAAACAGGAAAGCCAGUCCCUGCAUACAGUUUUGGAGGAGCUAAAUAAUACUGCAGUGAUGUACCAGAAGUUGAAUGACAUAAAGCUUCUACACGUGGAUUCUGCCAUUGGUAAUCUAAGCCAGCGGGUUACACUGUUGGAAAGCUCUCUGGUUGCUGUGAAUAACUUGGACAAAAGAGACAACUCGUCUACCAGUGUGGAGAAUGAUGUAACUACCUCUCUAAAUGUGGAAAAGGAAGAUCAGCUCAACAACGGAAUUCAUUCAGAUAAAGAAUUGAAGGAAACAGGAAUUAGAAAUUCUCAGGUAUUAAAACUAAAAGAGGAGCUUCAGAUGAUCACUGCUCUCUCAGUCAGCAAGUCAGCAAAUGACGGAUCUGCUGAGGCAUCAACGAAUGUUGGAAGUAGUACGACUGCUACAGCAAAGCCCACAGACCUUCCAAGGCUGACUUCAAGGUCAGCUGAUGACAACAGAGAGAACCAACAGCUGAGACGUCUGUCCUUACCAGGAGUAUCAAGCAUACAAGAUCUUCAAAAUUGGUUUGAAAAAGCAACUGGUGAUGCUGAUGGAAAACUAUCCUAUGAAGAUCUUCAAAAGCUACUUGAUUUUACAGUCGAAGAGUUGCAGAGCUUUAAGAAAUUUGAUGCAGAUGGAGAUGAAAAAUACUCAUUACAAGAACUGAGAUUAGCUUUAGGUGUAUAGAGUAUUAAGAAAUGUAAUACUGAUGGAUGCUACUGUAGCUGAAGGAAACUACAGGAGAU